GCCCCACCUGGGCCGGGCUUUGCGCAGAGGCAACAGAGGAACGAGUACACUGCAGCAGCGGAACGGAUUUUGCGAGCGAUGGGGAAGCGUUAUCAGAACGGACCGGGGAAAGGAAGUGUGCUACCCCAUCAAGCGGACCUGCUCCCGGUUGCGGUCGGGGCGGUGCGGGGUCCAUCGAGUUCGGGCUGUUCCCGGCGGGCCUUAUCCUUUGGGUCACCGGUGACAGGUGGAGGUGACUGCAGGCUCUGGACCUGCUUGUUUUGGCGGCAGACGAGACGUGCUGACCUUGGCUGCUGCUCUUUCACUGCUCUUGCUGACCUUGGCCCAGGCUCGGAGUCAAUGGCUGCUUUGGCCGCUGUCAGCCUGAGCAGGACCGCUGCCCCAUACUCGCGAGCACUAGGCGCUGGGGCCUGGGUAGCUCUUCCUCGCUUCCCCUCAGGCCCCCAGCCUGACCUCUCGGGCUGUAGCCCCACUCCCGGCCGGACGCUGCACCUCACCACGGAAGUCCCCGCCGGGCACAACAAGUGGUCCAAAGUCCGGCACAUCAAGGGUCCCAAGGAUGCUGAAAGGAGUCGCAUCUUUUCCAAGCUCUGUUUGAGCAUCCGCCUCGCUGUUAAAGAAGGAGGCCCCAAUCCUGAGCUCAACAGCAACCUGGCCAACAUCUUAGAGGUGUGUCGCAGCAAGCAUAUGCCCAAGUCAACAAUUGAGGCAUCGCUGAAAAUGGAGAAAACCAAGGGCAUUUAUUUGUUGUAUGAGGGUCGAGGCCCUGGUGGCUCUUCUCUGCUCAUUGAGGCAUUAUCUAACAGUGGCUCCAAGUGCCAUUCGGACAUCAAACACAUCCUGAACAAGAAUGGGGGAAUGAUGGCUGAAGGAGCUCGCCACUCCUUUGACAAAAAGGGGGUGAUUGUAGUUGGAGUGGAGGACAGAGAGAAGAAAGCAGUGGACCUAGAGCGUGCCCUGGAACUGGCGAUCGAAGCAGGAGCUGAGGAUGUCAAGGAAACUGAAGAUGAAGAGGAAAAGGACAUUUUUAAAUUUAUUUGUGAUGCUUCUUCACUGCAUCAAGUGAGGAAGAAGCUGGACUCCCUGGGCUUGUGUCCUGUGUCCUGUGCACUGGAGUUCAUCCCCAACACAGUGGUGCGGCUGGCUGACCCUGACCUGGAGCAGGCCGCCCACCUCAUCCAGGCUCUCGGCAACCACGAGGACGUGAUCCAGGUCUAUGACAACAUUGAGUAAUCAGGCUAUACGUCCCCCCGGCUCCUUCCUAGGCAACUGGCAGCCCACUCCGGAGCACAGGCUUCUGCCGCAUCCUCUAAGAGUGAAGCAGGUCGGCGGCCUUACAGGUUUGGAGGCACAAGACUUGUAGCUUUGUGGCCAAAGGAAUCCCCAUACUUCUCCAAGGCCUCUUUGUCAGCUCUACUGGUGUCUCAGACCCCUCCUGGGUGAGUCCCCCCACCCUGAUACAGAGUGAGGCCAGUCAGCUAGUCAGGCGCUGAUCUCAGAAAGAUGGCCCUUGUGGGGAUGAUAGGUAUUCUGAGGGCCCAUGUAUUAGAAACUGCUCGUAAAUAUUAACAGUGAUUGAUCUGG